GACGGCGAGCAGAUAUCUAUUCUCCGGAAACCUGCAGGAGGUCUUCGGACCAGAAGAUUCUGAAGGAAUAUUUGACGUUUUCCUGAAUAAUGUUUGUCAAAGUCUCCGGGCUUCAGGUGAGGGUCGAGAUGACAAGGACACACGUGAGGGAAGAGAAUUCUGGCAGUGUGUCCUUGAAUGGAUCCCACAAGUGAGGAUGAAGACUGGAAAUAACCAGUGAUGAUGCUGUUCUACAUCAUCCAUUCAACAGUGUCCUUGGAGGCUUGAUUAGCUUUUCUUCUCAAAAAUGGGACAGCGGCACUCGCCGAGUGAUGGCCGGGCUUGCGGAAAGUCCAACAGCACCGCGUUUGACCCGUCGCCCAGACCCUAAGGGUCCGCGUGAGCAUGAACCUGCGCAGCGGCAAUGUGUCGGAGCUCAUCUCUCAAACCCUGGCGGUCGGCGGUCUCCGGUCGGAACCGGUCAACAGUAGUUACGCCGGAUGUUCCUACGUUGGGAAUGGAACCAAUGCGGAGGGUGGACUUUGGUUCUGCCAGGACACGGCGGAGACGGGCAAGAACUGGGCGGCGCUGUUGAUCCUGGUGGUCAUCGGUGUCACCGUGACGGGCAACAUCCUGGUCAUUCUGGCAGUGUCGCUGGAGAAGAAGCUCCAGAAUGCGACCAACUACUUCCUGAUGUCGCUGGCAGUGGCGGACAUGCUUUUGGGCAUAUUGGUCAUGCCGGUCUCCAUGGUGACAAUCCUCUAUGAUUACGGCUGGCCCCUGCCGUCUGAGCUGUGUCCCGUGUGGAUCUAUCUGGACGUGCUGUUCUCUACAGCGUCCAUCAUGCACCUGUGUGCCAUCUCGCUGGACCGCUACAUCGCCAUACGGAACCCUAUCCACCACAGCCGCUUCAACUCGCGCGCAAAGGCCCGAAUCAAGAUCGCAGCUGUGUGGACCAUCUCGGCCGGCAUCUCCAUGCCAAUCCCAGUGAUGGGUCUGCGCGACCAAUCCAAGGUGUUCAAGGACGGCAGUUGCCUACUGACGGAUGCCAGUUUUGUACUAGCUGGCAGCUUGGUGGCAUUCUUCGUGCCGCUCACCAUCAUGGUGGUCACCUAUUUCCUGACCAUCCGCGCCCUCCACAAAGAAGCCACCAUCUGCCUGGAUCAGCUGGUGCCACGUCCGAAGUGGGGCACCGGCUCCGCCUUGGUGCCGGGCUUCUUCCCGCAGGCCUCGCUGUCCUCCGAAAAGCUGGUACGACACGAAGCAGGGGGCGCUCCUUCGGCUCACUCCUUUGGGCGGCGCACCGCGCAAUCCGUUAGCAAUGAACAGAAGGCGUCAAAGGUGCUUGGAGUGGUCUUUUUCCUUUUUGUGGUCAUGUGGUGCCCCUUCUUCGUCACCAAUGUUCUGGUGGCAGCGUGCGACGCAUCGGCCUGUGACGCCACCCUCGCUGGGGGGCUGCUUAACAUCUUUGUGUGGGUGGGCUACCUGUCGUCCGCCGUCAAUCCGCUGGUCUACACGCUAUUCAACGAGACAUAUCGCGCCGCCUUUUUACGCUACCUGCGCUGCCGCUACGCGCCGCCCGCCAAGAAGCCGCUGCAACUCAUUCUAGUCAACACCAUCCCCCCCAUGGCGUACCCCUCGGUACAGGGCUUAGGCAAUGGAGCCCCGCGCCCCGAUUUCCCAUUCGCCGGACAGGAACGACAACCCCGAGUAAAAAAAACAGCACACGAGGACGAAAGCCGCGUGUGACCGAGAAGAUGACAGGCACCAACGGGACAGAUGACAGGCACCAACGACUGCUAUGCACACCUAACGCAACUCACCGUUGGAUUAGCAUUAGCACAUACAAAGCACUGCCCAACCCUAUAUAGCAUUAGCUAUUUAGCAAUUGAGAACAAUUUGGCUGUGAAUUUUUUUCAAACAUUUCAACAAGUCGUGCUAACAAGCUAACAGAGUCUAGGCUACCUUUUACCAACAAUUAUGCAUUUUUGGGAUAAAUGGUCAGAUUUAUUCUUACCCAUAUAUACCAGGGUCCGAUCGUGAAUAGCCAAAAUAUGCCAUGACAAUAAAGUAUGUUUUUUUCCUCAUAUUUCUAGACAUAAACCUUCGAAAUCCUGACAUUGAAAAAAACUGAACGCAAAAAAAAUAUGUGCUCACCAAACUCACCAAAUGUGUGUCCAAACUAUUCCACAUAGGGUCGCAAUGGGUGCUAAACUUCAUUCCAACAAAACAAGACACCUUUUCACCAAUCUAGCGUCUUACAAGUGUAAUCAGUUAAUUGCAGUCUGGUCCUGCUUGUUUUAGCAGAAACGUCAUUGGUUAAACUGUCUGUGCUCGAUUGGUAGCAACAAAAAUCAGGACCAACAGCAGCCCUUGAGGACUGGUUUGGAGACCCCUGGCUUAGAUUAACAUUGACCUUUUUGAUUCAGCCCAAUUUGACUUCUUUGAGAUUUUUCUGGCUACCAUUUCAAAGUACUCAUGCUAACAGUUGCUAUGCUAACAAAUAGCAACAAUUACAGAUUAUAAGAUGUCAGAAUUAAUCAUACCCAUUUGUACCAGGGUCUGCGAUUGCAGUUAGUUAAAGCUCAAUGUAGUUGUAGUUUUUUUAAACUCACAAAAUCUUGAAUAAUCAAAUAAAUGAUUAAAAGCAACAAAAAAAAUGAAUACUGAAAAAAGUUUCUGUAAGUAAAUCUGCACAUCCCGCUUCACAGAUUUGCAGGGUUUAACUGUAUUAUGCGAAAAUGCAAAUUAUUGCAUGAAUGUGAAUUGUGGCAAAUGUGUCAAGAUGUGUUGAAAAUGUAUACACUGUCAAAAAUGAAAAGUUGGAGCUGAUGUAUCAUGUGAUGACGAUGGCGAAGAUCUUUGUGCGUGAAAGUCUAUUUUGUAUCCUGUCAUUUAAAUAAAAGCAAAAGUUUGUUUUUUUACAGGCUAAAAUAGUCAAA